UUUCUGUCAAUCACCUGGGAAGUGUGUUGUUGAAUGGGACUCAUUUUCUCUUCUGGAGGCGCUUAGAAGAAGAGAAGCAGAGCCUAAACCUCCUCCCAGACUCUCAACAUGUCUCAGGAAACCGACCAUGGGAAAUGGACAGUCUCUAGCAGUGACGAGAGCGCCGAUGAUGAUGAUGGCGAAAAGCCCUCCACUUCUUUGCCACACGAAGCUGGCCGAGGCAAGGAGGGUGAACCCCAUUUCCCUUGUUCAGAAGCCAGGAAAACUGCACUCAAGAGAAAGAGUUCCCCUUUGAAGCAUCAGGAUGGGAGCUUUCCAGAGGAGUUGGCCCCAUCUCAGAAGCAGAAGCCUCCUGAAGAAGGACUAGGUUGGUGUCUCUCAAGUAGUGAUGGGGAAGAGGAGGAGGAAGUUAAAGUUCAGAAGGGGAAAGAAGAUGCAACAGCCAAUGGCAGACAGACAGAAUACUGCACUGCUCUUAAGGAGCAAGGAAGGACUCAGAAGCCUGUCCUGGGCCAGGAGUCUUCAGAGCCAUCUGAGCAGCAAGUGCAAGAUGCUUGGGACCUGCUCAGUGGGAGGAACCCUUUCAGAUUCUUCCUCACUAAAGUCAAAGGAAUUAAAUCCAAAUACAAUUUGGGAGCCCUCCACAUAAAAGAUAUUUUGUCUCCUCUCUUUGGAACUCUUGUCUCUUCUGCUCAGUUUAAUUAUUGUAUAGAUGUUGAAUGGCUUGUCAAACAGUAUCCAAAGGAAUUCAGGGACAAGCCUUUAUUAAUAGUCCAUGGAGAGAAACGGGAAUCCAAAGCAGCACUGCAUGAAGAAGCACACCCAUAUAAGAAUGUCCGUUUGUGCCAGGCAAAACUGGAUAUUGCUUAUGGAACACACCACACGAAAAUGAUGUUACUGCAUUAUGAGGAAGGCCUCCGGGUGGUGAUACAUACCUCAAAUCUUAUUGAUGAUGAUUGGUACCAGAAAACACAAGGAAUAUGGCUAAGUCCUUUGUAUCCAAGACUACCACCUGGAACUGCUGCAUCUGAUGGUGAAUCUCAUACCAUGUUUAAGACUGACCUAAUAAGCUAUUUGAUGUCUUAUAAUGCUCCUGCUCUCAGUGAAUGGGUUGAAAUAAUCAAGCAACAUGAUCUUUCAGAGACGAGAGUAUAUCUUCUUGGCUCAACUCCAGGUCGAUACCAAAAUAAUGAAAAGGAGAAAUGGGGACACCUUAGGCUUAGAAAGCUGUUGAAAGAUCAUGCAACACAAGUACUUGAUCAGAAUUCAUGGCCUGUAAUAGGACAAUUCUCCAGUAUUGGAUCAAUGGGAGCUGAUCAGUCCAAGUGGUUGUGUUCAGAAUUUCGAGACAGUUUCGCCUCUCUAGGAAACAGCGUGAAGAGUCUAACAAAUCAUGACAUCCCCAUUUGCUUGGUUUAUCCAACUGUGGAGAAUGUGAGACAGAGUUUAGAAGGUUAUCCAGCCGGGGGCUCCCUUCCUUACAGUAUACAAACUGCACAGAAGCAGCUUUGGCUGCACAGUUACUUUCACCAAUGGUCUGCUGAAACUUCUGGUCGUAGCCAUGCAAUGCCACACAUUAAGACUUACAUGAGAGCAUCUCCAGACUUCCAGAAGAUUGCAUGGUUUCUAGUUACAAGUGCCAAUCUUUCCAAGGCUGCUUGGGGAGCUUUUGAAAAAAAUGGCAGCCAGUUAAUGAUCCGUUCUUAUGAGCUGGGAGUUCUCUUUCUGCCUUCAGAAUUUGGCUUUGAUACAGGAUACUUCGAAGUGAAGGAAAGUAUGUUUUCAGAUGGGCCAGUUUCAUCAUUUCCUGUACCAUAUGAUCUGCCUCCAGAGAAGUAUGGAAACAAAGAUCGCCCAUGGAUUUGGAAUAUUCCCUACACCAGAGCUCCUGAUACCCAUGGAAACAUGUGGGUUCCUAAAUGAGCAGUUCAGUUUUACUCUGAAACAUCGGCAGCUUUAAUUCUGAGUUCAGAAGUGAACAUAGUGUUCAUACCUGAGAGACUUGAUGAUUUUGUUAAUAUUGUCUUGUAUAUACAAUAAAAUCUGAUUGUAAAAUAAUGUAUUAAUAUCUAGAUUGACAUUUUCGAGAAAUAUGAUAUUUCUAAAUCUCAUGAUGACACAGAGUUGUAAACAGUAUUUAUAAUUUUUAUUAUCUGUUCUGAAAUGCUGAAAACAAAUGACUGUGUUUAUACCUUUGCCAAAAUAUGUUUGAGCCACGUUUUAUUUUUCCUUGAAACAGUGGCUAUGAUGAAGAAAAUUUUAUAAAAGUGAAAUAAAGUGAAUAAAUGUGA